UUAACAUAACACAGUGUAGGUGAACAUAGGUGAAGACUGUGUAGCAAUUCGGUGCCAAUUACCGAAUUGCGUCGUAACAGUUAUUCAAUAACAGAUUCCAAUUUUCAUCAAAUUACAUUGUCUCCUCGAUAUACACGUGACAAAGGGGAAAGAAAAUGUGGAAAAUCGUAACUCGUGGCAUUAGAGAGACGUUCGAGCGACGUGCUUGUCGAACGAACGUUUAUUCACAAUCAUCGCAGGAUAAUGCAAAAAACGAAGUUAAAACAAACUUGACAUGUCAAAAAAAAUUCCUUGCGCCGGCUUGCUUUAAUUGGAAUAAGGGUUUUUGUGGAUCUGCUAAGAGUGCCGGUGCUGAAGAUAAAGAGCAUGAUUAUAAAUGGGAUACCAAGCACAGUUGGCCAGAAGCUAUUGGCUGGACCAGUGUGUUGGCAGCUGGAUGGGCUGUAUGCCAGUCGCUUUGCCUUCAGAAAAGAAUCUUUGAUACAGAUAGUAAUGACAGAAAAAGAAAACUAUUUGAUUAUACUGGAGUAAACCUCUUACUUGAUCAGAUAAAAAGUUUACAGCUAAAGUUGAAGAUUGCAAAUGUCUUACCAGUUACCAACUGUGUAAGUAAUGGUAAUAACAAAAAUUUACAAGAUUCGGACUCGCAAUGGCACGCUGAAAAGCCAUUCGGUCCUAUUACCAUGGAAGAGGCAUUUCAAGAAGCAGCCAAUGAAUUUAAAAACACUCAUCAAAUAGUCAUAGGAGAAUUUGAACUCCGUUACGGUAUAAAAGCUUUGGAAGAGAAACGUUAUAAGGAUGCUUGGACGCAUUUUUCAAAAGGUGCCAAACUAUUCUCUCCCGCCAGCAUGUUCAAUUUAGCUCUAUGUUAUGAAUUAGGCAUUGGAACAUUAGCGGAUCCAGAGAAGGCUGCAAAAUAUUACAACGAUGCCGCGGCUUAUGAUCAUGCCGACGCAUUAUAUAAUUUGGGAAUUUACUACGCUCAAGGAAAAGGCGGCUUACCGAUCGAUAUCAGUACCGCGCGUACUUAUUUCACCAGGGCGGCAAAGUUGGGUCAGGUGCAAGCGCAACGCGCACUUGAGCUAGAAAAGGCUGAUAUUCAAUGGAAGAAAAGUAACAGCACCCCCACUAUACCGAAAAUUCUCCUGAAUAGUACAAAUUUAGAGACUAAUGAGACGAACGAUAUACUCGAAAAAUUAAUCAAUACGAUGACGAACUUUAUUGCGGAAUCCACGCGUGAUGCAUCGGAAUAUGAUGAAGAGAUGAUUCAAGAUUCCGCUCGCGUACUUAUAGAUCUUCUCAUUUUAAAAGAACCUAAUCAAGCAACUAUUGUGACAGCUCCUGACAACUGUGUGCCAUGUUAAAUAUAUUGAACCUCGUCCCCCCGAUAAUUAAAAGUAUUUUUUAUUUUAUACAUACAUAUAUAUGUAUA